UUCAUAACAACGGAAAUGCGUGUCUUUUUGGCAAUCUGCCUGUCUCUGACAGUGGCGCUGGCCGCCGAAACUGGAAAGUACACUCCUUUCCAGUACAACCGAGUUUACUCUACUGUUUCCCCAUUCGUCUAUAAGCCAGGCCGCUAUGUAGCUGAUCCAGGCCGUUAUGACCCCAGCCGCGACAACUCUGGCCGUUACAUUCCCGACAACUCUGGCCGCUAUGUAGCUGAUCCAGGCCGUUAUGACCCCAGCCGCGACAACUCUGGCCGUUACAUUCCCGACAACUCUGGUGCCUACAACGGUGACCGUGGAGACCGUGGUGCCGCCGGUGGCUUCUACACUGGAUCCGGUACUGCUGGAGGUCCCGGAGGAGCCUACGUCGGAACCAAGGAGGACCUCAGCAAAUACCUUGGUGAUGCUUACAAGGGAUCCAGCAUUGUUCCCCUGCCCGUCGUGAAGCCUACCAUUCCCGUGCCAGUCACACCCACAUACGUUGUCAGCAAGGUGGUCACACCCACAUACGUUGCCAGCAAGGUGGUCCCACCCAGCGGCGCCGGCUACGACUACAAAUACGGCAUCAUCCGUUACGACAAUGACGUCGCUCCCGAAGGCUACCACUACUUGUACGAGACCGAGAACAAGAUUCUCGCUGAAGAAGCCGGCAAGGUCGAGAAUGUCGGCACCGAAAACGAAGGCAUCAAGGUCAAGGGAUUCUACGAAUACGUUGGCCCCGACGGUGUCACCUACAGAGUAGACUACACUGCUGACGAAAACGGUUUCGUUGCUGACGGAGCUCACAUCCCUAAGUAAAUCUAGUCGAAAUCAAUAUUAUAAGGUUAUUUUAGAAAGAAAAGAAAAAAAACGUACAUAAAGCACCACUUUACUUUUACAGCCGU